AUGGUCGCUAUCCUUGUACCAGAUAACUACGGCUCCGUCGUUGCGGUCGCCCUUGGAGCUAUUCCCUUGCUGGGCUUCGUCCACGGUGCUGUGACAACAGCCUUCCGAAAGGAAGCCAACGUUCCUUAUCCUCACAGUUAUGCCACGAUCGAACAAUGCAAAUCAAACGCCAAGGCUGAGCAGUUCAACUGUGCCCAGCGCGCUCACGCCAACUUCCUCGAAAACGCCCCCCAGACCAUGCUCUUCACCCUCUUCGCGGGUCUGAAAUACCCUCACCUGGCAACGGCAAUUGGUGUUUCGUGGCUUAUUUUCCGAUCCCUCUUCCUGUACGGCUAUGUCUACUCGGGUAAGCCUCAGGGCAAGGGAAGAAUGCUGGGUGGUUUCUUCUGGUUCUCCCAAGCGGCUCUGUGGGGUUUGACGUUGUUUGGAGUAAAGGAUAUGAUUUCUUUUUAA